CAAUGAGAAAAGACAGUAUGGCGUAUCUCUCUCUACUCGCCUUCUGGAUCCACUCGAUCGAUAUUUCACUCUCUCUCUCUCUGCGCGCGCGCGCGCAACCCUAUUUAACAACAAGCAUAGCCCCCUUCUUUCUCCCAUGCACCUGUCCUCUUCACCCCCAACACCACUUUAGUUUUGUUCAUGGCUCCCUUAUCUCUCUCUGUCCAUAACUUGUCUCAAACACUUCUCUUUUCCCUCCUAUUUUAACUCCCCUCUCUAUCUCUCUCCCCUCCAUUCCCCCCCGCCCCCCAUCUUUCAGAUAACUUAGUUUUCUAACUUCCCUGACAAAUCCCCCUCCCCCCCCAUCUUUCAACAAUGUCUAGCAGAAGAUCCCGUUCCAGCCAGUCAGGUUCUUCCAGGAAUAUUACUGAUGACCAGAUCACCGAUCUUGUUUCCAAGUUACAACAACUUAUCCCUGAGAUCCGCAAUAGGCGCUCCGACAAGGUAUCUGCUUCCAAGGUGUUGCAGGAGACUUGCAACUAUAUAAGAAACUUACACAGAGAGGUGGAUGACCUAAGCGACCGUUUGUCCGACCUUUUGGCUACAACAGACGCGGAUAGCGCACAAGCGGCCAUAAUCAGGAGUUUACUUAUGUAAUAGAGAGCGUUAUCUUUGUCUCCUUGUUCCUACCCCUUCUACUAUCUAGCUAUAUAUAGGGAUUGGUCACUAGGCGAGGACAAAAGGGUGUACAUGGGCUCCAUGGUAUCCCUUCAUUUUCAGAAGACAUGUAGUAGCUAGUAACUAAUUACUUUUAUAUAAAUAAAAAGACUUCUGGGGCUUCUCAAUCUUGAUCGAGUUUCCCUGAAGCUUUUGUAUCUACAAA